AUGAAAGGGUGUAUGUAUGAUGGUGAAGUUGAUAGCCUUGGUCUUGCCUUCAAAAAAGUCCCAUCUUUAGAGAAAGAGGAAAAAGGAAUUAGAGAGAAAGAGUUCAAGAUGAUGCUUAAACAAACAUUUUCAAACCUUGGCAGAGCUGCUUUAUAUAGAUCAUCAUCAUCUCGUUUGAUAUCAUCAUCAUUUGGAUAUAAUGGAAUGAAAUCAUUUUAUUCAACAUCAACAAAAAAAGAUAUAGAUCAACAAGAAGAGAAUUCUUUAUUUCAAUAUGAUAAACCAGUAGAUUUUGCAUUCUUAUCAAAGCAAUUUGGUGUAUCAUUUGACAAGGAUGCACUUAAAAAGGCUGCAGAUGGUGUCGAAUCGUAUGACAUUGACAACAUGCCAAAGGCUGCCAAACAAUUAGAGACUUUGAUGCGUACAGAGGAAGGAAGAAAGUAUUUGAAUAUUUUGGUUGCCGAUAUCAAGACAUCGUUUGGUAUGGACAGUGAAGAGGUGAUGGCAAAGACAUUGGAUCGUGUCAACCAAGAGUUUACCAAACGUGCUGGUGAACCCAUCGAACGUUUGGUCGAACGUUGUCAAGGCAAGGACACUAGUUUGCUCCAAGGCAGUGACCGUGAAAUCUACAGCGACUAUAUUGACGCACACCCAUACGUUCGUUACUCACGUCAACUACGUCUUGUGAUGGAUAUCGUUGAUUUGGUCGACGUCUACAAUAACUCGGAUUCGAGUACUUUUGGCAAGGCAAUGAGCGAACGUUUCCAAGUCGAUACUGAAAAGACGACUGGUGACGACGUAGACUACUUGGCUCAAUCCGAGGACUACCAAGAAGACGAUACUGUCUUGGCACGUAGCACCAGACACGACCAACUCCAAGGUGAAAUCCUCUCGAUGAUCAAGAACGACACUUUGAUGCACUACCUCGAUCGUCUCUUUGAGAAUGCCUCUACCCAACUCUUCCCAGUCACCUCAUCGUCCUUGUCAGAGGCCGAGUCACAACGUCGUCUCGAAGUUGCCCAAGAAGCCCGUCUCCGUCUCGCUCAAGACGCCCUCGACGAAGAGGAAGCUUCCGACCGUCCAUUCAUGCUCGCCGACAACAAGGCACGUUCCGACGACGAAGAGAUGGCCGUCACCUCUCUCAUCCCCGAGUUGGAUCUCCUCCAACCACCCGAAAAGCAACAACAAGCCAAGGACCCACGUGACUUUUUGAAAUACUAUCGUCUCUACCCCAAGAAAAUCAGAAACUGGAUCGAUUACUCUCACACUCCACUCGGUUUCUUUACAGAGUUGGGUGUUUGGUACAACUUCCCAUCAUGGUACGCCAAGAUGUAUCCAGCUGUUGCUCCAGAACAAUUGAUCACUGAAAGCUCCUCUUCUACCAACGAGGUCACCCUUCCAGAGGAUUUACGUGGUCAAUACCGUUUCGGUGUCACCAAAGAGGAGGCUGAAAUCCUUCAUCCAAAAUUAAAAGAAUUCCUCACCUUUAAACACGCUACUCAAGGUGAAAUCAAUCAACAUAGAAAGAAACUUUGUGUUCAAAAGUAUGGCAAUGAUCAUGCUGAUACUGGUUCUUCAAGUGUUCAAAAGACACAUGUUGCAAGAAAUAACAAGGAUAAUCUAGCCAAACGUAGAAUCAUGUUGUUACAAUCACAGAGAAAAUCAAUGAUUGAUUAUUUAAAGAGAACCAAUGUAGAAGAAUAUUUCCGUAUUACUAAAGAUCUAAAGAUUAAGAAUACUUUAAAUAUUUAA